AUGGCUGGCCCAGGUGGUGGACCUCCUCGCCGGAGUCACACCAAGUCUCGCAAAGGAUGUGAGACCUGUAAACGCAGACACAUUCGCUGUGAUGAGAAUUUCCCCCAAUGCCGAAAUUGCACUAAGCAUAACUGUCGCUGUCCUUACAUGGACAUGCCAGUUCAAGAUGAGCGAGCCCCGACUCCUGAGAAGGCAGAUUUGUUGUGGACUCCUGAGAUUGAGGCCGAUAUUCAGCGUUGGCAACAGACUGGAAACUUUCCGUUUCCAGACCUGUACAUAUUUCCUGCCCCGUCUCCCCAGUUCUUCUCAGUCGAGGACCUCCGCUUGAUUCACCAUGUCGCCUCCAUCUCCAGCGAACUCGGAGCUCAUGAUGCCAGCAACUUCACCAUUUGGACUCGGCAAAUCCCACUAUUCUUGAAAAUCGGUACUGAUUACGGCUUUGUCAUGCAUGCAUUGCUAGCCUUCUCAGCAACCCACAUUGCUUUUACCACGGAAUGCCCACUUGCCCAUAACAUGGCUUACGAGCAUCGAGGGAUUGCCUUGAAAGGGUUGCAUGAAGCUAUCGGGGCUUUCUCUAGGCCAUCCUCCGAUGCUGUUCUUGCAGCUUCUCUUCUGCUGUCUUGGCAAGCCACCGAAUGGCGUGGUUGGACUCAAUUGAUGCAUGGAACAUCAUCCGUCAUUGAUGCUAUGCAACCAUGGAAGAACGAGUCUCAGUUCGGAGAAUUCAUUGCAGAGCAGAGCACUUUCCCAACCGCACCUCCAUCACCGGCUCCGGGUUCCAAGAAGCUUAGCAACCCUCGAAAGCAAGAUCUGGAUGCACUUUCACAAGCCUAUGCACAGCUCCAAAGGCUCGAAUCACACCUGAAGGCGCACAACGAAGAUUCCAAGGCCAUCCAACAGCUCAUGAGCUUUGUCAGGGGUGUUCGGAAGGUUUCCCCAAGCCACACUGCCGCCCAGCGCUUCGAAAUGCUGAACCCGCUUCGAGCCUGGUUGUUCUGGCUUCCGGUAAUGUUUUUGCAACAGACCAGAGGAUCCCAAUCUACCCUUCUCAUUCUGGCACAUUACUACACAGUGGCACUGGUGGUUGAACCCCUAUUUCCAGAAGUGGGAGCCGCAUACUUUGGAAGUCUAUCUCUGGGCCCGAUUGAGGAAAUCGCUCGUAGACUUUUUUCUAUCCACGUCUCGCAGACUUCCGAUGUAGACAUGCAGACUCCACUCGAUCUCAUGGAAUACCCCAUUGAUAUGGUCUCGAACUUCAGAAGCCGCAUGGGCUGGGUACAGCCUGAGAGAACAGCCUCCUUCCCAACAUUCAGUGGCCCUACCUAUUCUAUGGAAGAAACCUAUCCAAGCACUCUGUCUCUUUCUCCUUACGGCAAUCCAGCUUUCACCUACAGUCAAGAGCACCUGAUGACCAUGCCGCCUGAUCCAAUUUCGGCCACUGCUAUGAGUCCUUUGACACUAGACCCCUUCACCAACCAGUACCUUGGGAUCCCAUCGCCCAGCGGAUUUGGAGGCUACCAAAGCCCAGCAUCAUCGGCCUUUGGAGAAGGAUCAAUUGUCUACAGUGACCAUGGGGAUGAUUUUGCCCUGUAUGAAGGACCGGGCUCCGGCUCCAAUUUCGGCGGGACUUCCCCAGGUUACACAAUCGAACCUCAAGCACUCCAUGAACGUCGAAUCAAGGUCGAUUUUCCAUCAGAGGAGCAGCACAUGCAACAGCUGUCUCCAAUGUCUCACCUACCAAGUUAUCCUGCCCGUUACCCAUCUCCGGCUCCACCUCCAGGCAAGGGGAAAGCCCGCGGGAAUUAA